UAGGGUUGCUCAUGACUGUUGGGACCCAUCUGUGGGAGAGCUCUGCGUUUGCAGGGGGAGGCCUUGCUUUACUGUUAGAACAGGGCCAACGGAGUGUGCUUGGUCAGGUGGACUCAGGAGGAGGUGUCCCUCGAGGUGGGGUCUAGGCAGCUCCAAAAGAAUAGCAGAAUUUCAGAGGUGACCCCGCGGGGGCCCUGUCACUUGGGCCUGUGGGUCUGUCUCUUCCCUCAGAAUGGGGGAGGUAUGCCCGGUCUCUUUGCAAAAGGAGCAGGCUCCAGGCCCCACUUAGUUUUGGAUGCUUUAUCCAGAUUGUCGCAGCAAGUCCCCAGGGUGGGCGGGGCAACGAGUGUGGCUCCCUCUGGGCCUGAGGAGCUUGCGUUGGGAUUUCUUCACGUCUCCGUUGCUAGCUGCUUUCUUCAGAAGGUGUGCCAGACCCAGCGAGAGGUGAGCAUGGCCGAGCAGGAGCCCACAGCCGAGCAGCUAGCACAGAUCGCGGCCGAGAAUGAGGAGGAUGAGCACUCGGUCAACUAUAAGCCCCCCGCCCAGAAGAGCAUCCAGGAGAUCCAGGAGCUGGACAAGGAUGAUGAGAGUCUGCGCAAGUACAAGGAGGCCUUGCUGGGCCGGGUAGCUGUGUCUGCUGACCCCAGUGUCCCCAAUGUUGUCGUGACCCGCCUGACCCUGGUGUGUAGCACAGCGCCCGGCCCUCUGGAGCUGGACCUGACAGGUGAUCUGGAGAGCUUUAAGAAGCAGUCCUUUGUCCUGAAGGAGGGCGUGGAGUACCGGAUAAAAAUCUCUUUCCGAGUGAACCGGGAGAUCGUGUCCGGCAUGAAGUACAUCCAGCACACGUACAGGAAAGGCGUCAAGAUCGACAAGACCGACUACAUGGUGGGAAGCUACGGGCCCCGCGCAGAGGAGUACGAGUUCCUGACGCCCGUGGAGGAGGCCCCCAAGGGCAUGCUGGCCCGCGGCAGCUACAACGUCAAGUCCCGCUUCACAGACGACGACAAGACUGACCACCUGUCGUGGGAGUGGAACCUCACCAUCAAAAAGGAAUGGAAGGACUGAGCCCUGGCCCCGGUGGUAGGGGGGGCGGGCAGGCCUUCGGACAGACGGAUGGACCUGUCUGACGUGCCCCACCCCCACCACCCCUGCCCCAUCCCAACCCCCUACCAAAGUGCUGACGGGCCUGCCCCCUGGCCGGCCCUGCCCGUCCCGCCCGGCCUGCCUGCCCGCAGGCCUCAGCCUCCUCGGUGGUCUCGCCUUGCUGCUUCUGCCUGUGCUGGGGGGGUAGUGGGGGGAAGGAGCCUGCGUCCCAGGCCUCCGCCUCCCUUUCCGUACCCCUUUAGGUUCCCCGACCUGUCCUAACCCGACUGGAGGCCCUGACUUCUCCAAGGGAACCUCGUGGGGUGCUUAGGUCCCUGUGGGCCUUUGCAGUUGCCCUGAAUCCUGUUCCUUCUCUUCUUCGGGGGGGGGUGGGGUGGGGUGGGGUGCAUGAUUGGAGGCCUCUUGGGGGCCGGCCACCCUCCUGCUUUCACCUGUCCCUGGUCAGUUCAUCCAUCGCUGUCAGUAACCGUCUAACCAUGAUGCCUUAACAUGUGGAACGUGUGCUGUGGGGGCCGUCACUAACCUCUAACCCCCGUGUCUGCAUGAGCAUGUGGUCUCCCCCGGUCCCCGCCCCCCCCGCGACCCCCCCCCCCCCCCCCCGUGGCCCCGGGAGGUGUGUGGGAUGUGCUGCGGCCCCCUGCCCGCCAGGGCCUAGCCGGCCCCCUCCCCCGGCCAGGGCUGCGGGGACGGCUCCCGGGGCCUAGGGAAAGCCAAAUUGCCAAAACUGAAGUUGCCUCCAUUCCCAUCUGGGAGGCUGGGUGUCCUCACGCCUCUGCCUUCUCUGUCCUGGUGGGCGGUGCCGGAGCCCGUGGCCCCAGCACACAGCCCUCGCCGGACAGAGCCAGCGGCCGAGCCUUAUGUGUCCCACCCGGGCCUCCCGGCCCGGGGUCAUGUGCCUGGCCCGUCAGUAUUUAUUGCCUCCAUAUGUGCCGUCCUCUGGGCCCCCCUGGCCUGCCACCUCUGCCCCCAGGCUCGGUGCCACCAUCCCCGGCAGGCCCUCCCCGGACCCAGCCAGGACAACCGUGGGACCAAGUGCGCACAGUCGGAGCCCUCCCCUGUGCCUCCCCUCCCCUGCCUCCCCCGUCAGGACAGGGCCCAGAACGCCCAGGAGCCUGACCUGCUUCUCCUCCUCUGACCGGGAAAUAAACUCCCCCAAAGGAG